ACUCACAAUUCUUUUUCCUCUACGUAGCCUCCCCCCUUUCCCCCUCCCCCAUCUCUCUCUCUCUCUCUUUCUGAGGUUCAGUCAGGAAGACAACUUUGCAGAGGCGAGAGAGCCCUGGCAGGAUCAGAUACAGGAGAGGGUUUCCGUAACUGAAAUUCAUCACUUUCAUAUUUGGAGUCUAUUUAUCUCUUUUGGACUCACUUGAAAGACAGAUUGCUCCACUGAACAAUUUUGAACACCGGACUAUACUGGUAUACUUCUCUGGACUUUAGUUUGGACUGGACUGGACACAACUGGACUUCACUGGUUAGAUGUAUAGGAUCUGGUGUAAUCUGAUUCAUUGUGGCAGCAGUGCUGAAAGUCUGCUGAUGUACAGUAGUUUGACCGAUUCUGCACCGUAGGGGUUUUUUGUCUGGGGCUUGGGCAGUUUUUAUUUUGACAGCAAGGUUGGAAUGUUGGCCUAGGUUAAACUGCAUGUCUUGGUGGAGGAUGCAAAAGACCAUAAGAAGCAGCAGCAGCAUGCCUCUCCUGUGUGUCCUGUGGCUGCUGAUGGUCUGUCUGGCUCCUGGAAGCCAAGGCCAGAGGCUGAGGGAGACGGAGGGGGAGCAGCCAGCAGCCAGCGCUCAGCUGGCGGAGAGAGACGUGCUCUGCCACCAGGAGGGAUGCUACACCGUCUUCCUCCAGAAGAGAACCUUCAGGGAGGCUGGGCGGAGCUGUCGGGAGCGAGGUGGGACCCUGGCAACGAUGCACACCCGCAAGGCAGCGGGUGUGGUCCAUGAGCUGCUGUCGGCCAUCGAGGGAACCAGGUCGAGGCUUCGCCUCUGGAUCGGGCUGCAUAGGCCGCCACGCCAGUGCUCAUCCACCCGACUUCUCCGAGGAUUCGUCUGGGUCACAGGAGACCAGGACGGCCAGUUCACCAACUGGCUCCGUGAAGACACCCCUGGGACUUGUGCGGCCCCUCGCUGUGUGGCCAUGACCGUCCACACGUCUGAGAGUGGACGUGAGAGCGCUGACAAUUUCCGGUGGGUCGACGGCUCCUGCGCGCUGCCGUUGGAUGGAUACGUUUGCCAGUACAACUACAAAGGAAUGUGUUCACCGCUGGAGGACGAGGGCCGUGGUCCGGCUCUUUACACCACCCCCUUUCACCUUGUCAGCACACUGCUGACCCACGUGCCCUACGGCUCUGUAGCCGCUGUACCGUGCCCUGCAGACGCCUCAGACCCAGAGGCCCGUGCUGAGCAGACAGUGCUGUGCAUGGAGAGAGACGACGAGACAGUGGGCUGGUCCAGGGACGCCCCGCUGUGCUCAUCCGGUGCAGCUCCGCAGAACCAGGACUGGUGUAGCGAAGACCAUGGCUGUGAGCAGUACUGUCAGAACACAGACACAGACUACUACUGUUACUGCUCUGAGGGCUUCACGAUAGAUGAGGACGGGUACAGCUGCAAGCCUGAUCCCCUGAGCCUAACUGACCCACCUGAAUUAUCCGCUGACUCCGCCGGUCCCACUGAGCAGCCCCACAUCAAAGAGGUCUGUGUGAAGAUGGGGUGUGAGUACGACUGCGUGGAGACACUGCGAGGCGUCCGCUGCACAUGCCCCCACGGUUACCAAAUGGGUCCAGAUGGCCGCAAAUGCUCUGACGUAGACGAAUGUCAACAGCAACCGUGCACGCAACUGUGUGUCAACAUCCCAGGCACGUUCCACUGCAUCUGUCACUCCGGCUACCAGCCAGACGACGAGGGCGAGUGUGUGGACAUCGACGAGUGCGUCUAUGAGGACAGCUGUGAAGGCCCUUGUGAAAACACAGCGGGGUCCUUCACAUGCCUGUGUAACCCCGGGUACGUGUCGGGCAUUGGAGAAAAGUGUGUGGAUGUAGAUGAGUGUGUGGGGGUGUCGCCCUGCCAGCAGCAGUGUCUCAACUACAUGGGAGGGUACCAGUGUUACUGUGGCAAUGGCUACAGCCUGCAGUCAGAUGGGCUUACCUGCCAGCCUUCGCCUGAUGAUGGAGAAUAUUCCACCCUGACCCCUGACCCCGGUGACUUCGCUCACAUGCCCGAAUUGGACCCUGACCAUGAUAUUCUUUGGGCCACCUCAUUCACCCCGGACCCGAACUUUGAAGCUGACACUAACUUUGACGUUGACUGGCUGACAGAAGCCCCUGAAGCCCCCUCCCCUGACAUGGCUCAUGGGUCAGACAAUCAUCUGAACCAAUGGGAUGCCCUAUCACCAAAGCGAUAUCAGACAGUCCCAUCCCCAACGCAAAAAGACAACACAGGCAAUGAAAUUGAUAAUGAGGCUGAAGCUAAGACUGAAGGUAGUGAAGGUAGAGAUAAGGAGGGGGCUGAAACUGCAAACGGGUCAGCCACUGGAACAAGGCAGGGAGAGGGAUCUGAAGUAGAUAGCACGGAGGAGGCAGGGGCCGGAUCUGCUGCAGGUGAACGCAAGCAUGACAAGAGCUGGUUACUGGUGGCCCUGCUGGUGCCUCUGUGCGUGUUCCUGGUAGUGAUGCUGGCUCUGGGGAUCGUCUACUGCACCAGCUGUGCUGUGGACAAGAGCCUGAGCUUCUCAGACUGCUAUCGCUGGGUACUCCCUACAACGCCUCCUGACAGGAGGGCUGGCAAAACCCAAGCAUAAACCCUAAAAUAAACAAACACACACACAGAUGUUUUUUUCACAUUUCUCUUGUGUGUAAGCAAGGCUGGUCACUAAACCUACCAUUUGGAUGUAAUAGCCAACUACUUUCUGUUGCACACCUCUUGUAAAUAAUUCACUUUCUGAUUUUCUUUUUAGAAUUCAAUAAAACCAAUAAACUGAUGAAAUUCUGUGUGGUUUUAUAAGCCUAUCUGGGUUAUAACA